GCUCGGGAAUACUCGGAACUCUGGUUAGAGGACCGACAGAAUGUCCGGAAGUUUUCGGAACUCCACGGCUGGAUUUCCUAAUGGCUCCAAUUCGAGAAGUCCCGGGACCCAUUCCUCCCCGUUGUCUCUCCGGUAUUGCUCUCCCAGCGCUUGUCACUGUAAUUGGCAUAUGAUGGACGCUCAAUAAACUUUUGUUUUAUGAGUGAACUUGUGAAUGCGAGACCUAUGUAAGCCUAGCCCCGACACCUUUGGAUAUUUCCGGUCUUCUUAAGCCCAAGCGGUGACGGCCGAUGAAGGCGCCGAGGCCCGCUCGGGUACUUUCGGAACCAUCCGGAAACGCUCUUCGGAGAGGUGUGCCUCUUCGGAAACACUCCGUCUUCAUUCGGAAUCCCUCGGCUAAUCUCGGCAGCCCCCUUGCAGUUCGCCCUCCCCAGAGUUUUUUUUAAAUAAACCCUUAAACUGUUCAAGCCUGGCGAGAACCUACACGGAAACUUCUCGCAGACUGCCAGCCCAGGGGAGCGCGAUGCUCUCUAAGGGAGAGUUAUUUGGAGGGAGAGAGAUUUGCAUGUGGCUGCUCUUGGCUCCCUUUAGGGAUUCCACAGAUUCGCCCGUCCUCUUCCCUGCCCUCCACCUGUGGCUCCAGCCUGCAGUGUGCCUGUCACAACCCAUCAGCUCCCUGGGAGGUUAUGAUCCGCUGUCAGGGCUACCCUAAAGGGCAGGAGCUUUGCCUGAUAUUUCUCUGUGUCCUCGGCCUCACCCACGCGGCAUGGCACUGGGGAGGCCUCAGAGACUCCUACUAAACAAAACGACUGAGGGUGCUUGUGUCACCUCCCCAGGGCGCCUUAACUUGCCGUUCCACCCGGGAACUCCUUGGGGCAGGGCCCUCUUCUGGUCCGUAGGACUAUCCAUAGACAGUCGGGGUUUACGCAGCCUCCUCCACGGGUGCGCUCUGUACCUGAUUGGGUCCUUCUUUGUGCCCUUGGCUUCAUUCGCUGGGCACACAGGAGACCCCAGAAGAUACGCGCGGAGUGAACCCCCACCCCGAGCUUCCCCCCUUAGACCACCCCGACUACUGGUUUUUGCGUCCCAGAUACCCUUGAGGUCUAGGGGCCUUGUCAGAUCUGCACAAGGCUCCGGGAGGCGGACACUGAGCAGAAACAACGCCACGCCCGGCUCCGAGUGUCCCAUGCUGCCACCACUAAAAUGCCCUGAUUUUUGGCCAUGUGUGACCUCCCUGGGUGGCACGGGCCCUGAACCACCCGUGGCUGUGCGCCUGGCUACCCCAGCGCAGGCCUCUGAGCAACAGUCCGUGCCCGGAAACCACGGUCGGGGCAACCCCGGCCGGGUCGGUUCGCGCCCAGCCCGGUCGGUUCGCGCCCAGCCCAGCUCAGGUGACCAGGCGGGAACUUGGCACACCUGGCGCCGUCCCCUGACCCCGCCCCGGGCCGGGCCGCACCCCGGAACGCUCUCUCCGGGCGCCAGCGGCGGCGGUACAGGGCCAUGGCGGCUGCGGCAGCGGUGUGCGCCUCGCAGGGGCCCCCGCCGAGUGCACCGUCCGCGCCAGCAGCCGCGCCUGCACCCGCGACCGGCCUGGGCCGCUGCCGGAUGGCGCUGCUGUUGGCCGUGGCGCUGGACGUGGCGGGCAUGGCGGCGCUGCUGACCGGCGUGUUCGCGCAGCUGCAGGUGCGCGGCCGCGACUUCGGGGACCUGCUUAUCUACUCCGGCGCGCUGCUGGUGUUCCUGAGCCUGCUGGGCUGGAUCCUCUGGUACACGGGCAACAUCGAGAUCUCGCGCCAGGAGCUGGAGCGCGACUACGGCCUGCGGCCCUCGGCGCUCGCCCGCCUGGCGCGCAAGCUCUCCCGCCGCUGGUCGGCGCCCGCCGCCGCCGGCUCGCGCCCCACGCCCGGCUCCCGGAGAGCGCGCCGAGCCACCCGGGCGCCCCCGCCGCCCGCCGCCGGCUCCCGCCGCGUGCGCCUGCAGCUCGCCACGCUCGAGGCCGGGCCCGGGGCGGCGGGCGCGGGCAGCGAAUGAGGCCCAGUCUACAGAUGGCCAGUUGGUCCCUGUUCCUGCUCUUCUCUAUACGAGGAGUGCCCUUGGCUGUCUCCACUCCACCUAGAAAACUUCUCACAUGUUUAAGAUCCAACUCAAUUUCUCUGGCUUUCUCUGGAUCUUCAUAUUGUCUGAGUGACUCCUCUUGCUGCGUGUAUGGCCGUCUGCUGGGUCUGUGUUGGUACAGUCUCUCCCACCUGAUGGGGAGUGCCUUGAGGGUAAGACCUAGAUUCCUGGUGCCCUUGUUCCUAGCAUUGCCCAGCAAAAAGGGUGAAAUCAGGAAAGGUUGGUGGUUGGGUAGGAAGGUGGAAGAAUGGAUGGAUAAAUGGACGGAAGAAUUGAUGGCUGGAUGGGUGG